GUGGGCGAUCGUAUAUUAUCCCUAAAUAAUAAGGACGUUCGAAAUGCUACAGAGCAAGCUGUCAUCGAACAUAUCAAAGAUGCUGGCAUUAAAAUAAAUCUGGAAAUUCAAACUUAUGGAAAGGAUGAGAAGAAAUCGAAUGAGCGUGAUCAACGUGAGAAUGGAUACGUUCAAGCUAAGUCUAAAUUCGCUCCAGAACCUCCUACCUCGACGAAUAAGCCGAAUAUGGCUCCGAAAGAAGCGACCAGGAAUGCGGCGUUUUCUGCCUCCAUCCGUGCCAAACCUUCAGCGAUUUAUACAGCCAACGACGAAGAUGAAGAGGAUACACGGGAUAUGACUGGCCGAAUCCGUACAGAAGCUGGCUACGAGAUCGAUCGGGCAUCUGCUGGUAAUUGUAAGCUCAACAAACAGGAGAAGGAACGAGACAAGGAACAACCCGAUGAGUUCGGAUACACGAUGGCGAAAAUUAAAAAACGUUACAAUUUGAUGAAGGACCUGCACAAGAUUGAAGUGCAGCGUGCGCCGAAUCAGUCACUAGGCUUAGCUUUGGCCGGUCAUACAGAUAGAAGAAAAAUGGCUUGCUUCGUCGCUGGCAUCAAAUCCAAUGGUCCACUAGCCUCAUUGGAUAUAAAAGCAGGGGACGAGAUACUCGAGGUGAACGGCAAUGUUCUACAGAAUCGUUGUCAUUUAAAUGCAUCCGUGAUAUUCAAAAAUAUCGACUGCGAAAAAAUUAUACUCAUUACAUCCCGCCGGAAAGAAAAUGACGAAGGAAUUUCCGUAAAGCCCAUCAAGAAGUUCCCUAAAGAAGUUGAUGAUACAAAAUUCUUAUUCGAGCUGUAUCCCAACGCCCGCUCAGUACAAGUUAAAAAAGAGGGUUUCCUUGGUAUUAUGGUAAUUUACGGAAAACACGUCGAAGUGGGCAAUGGUAUAUUCGUAUCCGAUUUGCGUGAAGAAUCCAAUGCUGUAGCGGCUGGAGUAAAAGUUGGUGAUAUGUUACUAGCCGUCAACAAAGAUGUUACUAUUGAAUCGAAUUAUGAUGAGGCUGUUGCUCUGAUAAGACGCGCCGAGGGAAUAGUCACUCUCGUAUUGUUAACUCUUAAAUCUGAGGAAGCUCUAAAGGCAGAAAAGGAGGCGGCAGAGAAGAAAAAAGAAGAAGCGAAAGCUGAAGCUGAAAAGCCGCAGGAUCCAUCCGUUGCAGAAAUAAAAGUCAACAAGAAGAUCCUCAUCGAGGUGAAAGUAGAAAAGAAGCCACUUGGAGUAAUCGUUGUAGGAGGCAAAAAUAACCACGUUAAGACUGGCUGCGUCAUAACUCAUAUCUACCCCGAAGGGGCACUCGCUGCGGAUAAACGCCUUCAAAUUUUCGAUCACAUAGUGGAGGUCAACAGCCGACCAAUAAAUUGCAGCGAAAUGACAACACUAAAAGUACAUCAAGUAUUCCACACGUGUUAUGAGAAAUUCGUAACAUUCCAGGGGUUCCGCGCAGACUCAAUAGAAGUGGAAAAGUUUAACGUGGAAUUCAUGAAGAAGCCUGGAAAAAAUCUUGGCCUUUCAUUGGCUCCAAAUGAUCGUGGUUGCACAAUUUCCGAAAUGAUACCGUCGGGUUAUGCCGAGAUAGAUAACAAAUUGCAACGAGGAGAUAUCAUAACAAAAUUUAACGGCGACUCCUUAGAGGGUUGUACUUUUGAAAUAUGCUAUGCGUUAUUCGAAGCAGCCAUUGGAAUAAUCUCAAUGGAGAUCUCACGACCUAAACCUACUCGUCGCACUGAACCGUCAAAAUAAAUUUUAAAUGAUAAACAUAAUUUGUAUAAUAAAACAUUAUAUUUAAAUGUAAUUUAUUAAACAAUA